AUGUUGCGACAUAAUCUCAGAUAUACCUUGCGGGGCAGUCUACCUGCAGCUACUUCGUCGACGAAACGACAAGCACAAAAAGUCGGCCAUAUACCCUACACUCAGUUAGGACAUACUUCAAAGAACAUUUCUAUUAUCCCUCAGUUUAACCGCGGGCCACUUUCAGCAGUCGGCCACCUCUGGGACGACUAUGAUCAGUUGUUUUCCAACAAACACAGGGCGAAUCUCCGAAUUUUCGCGCCAUCAUUUGACAUUCGCGAGACGGAAGAUGCAUACCACCUAAGUGGGGAUCUUCCAGGUGUCAAAGCCAAAGAUCUGGAUAUUGAAUUCCAAGAUUCACAUUCCCUCAACAUCAAGGGCCAUACCGAGCGCGAUUCAACUUCUGGUGAAGGCUCUUGGUGGGUUUCUGAACGAUCCGUUGGUGACUUCCGACGAACUUUCAAUUUCCCAUCUGCUGUCAACCAGGAAAAAGUUCACGCGAGCUUGAAGGAUGGGGUCCUUUCAAUGACAGUACCAAAGACUGACUCGACCGCUACUACUACGAAAAUCACUGUUGACACGGAACCUGUGGAAAGCUCUUCGUGA